UUACAUCAUUCAUAUUCAUGUUCAACUGGGUUCAGGAAAGGACAAUAACUCGUCUGGUUCUUUUGUUGUCUGAAUGAGGGGGCAAUAAGUGACCGGAGCUAACGUUAGCAAUGUCCGGGUCCGUUCAGACCUCUACGCCGUCGCUCGAUCCGGCGGUAUACGCGAGCUUUUACCCAGCUGGUUAUCAGGCUCCCGAAGCUUAUGGCCUGGAGCGCGGGUUUCGGCUCACGGCCUUCUCCGACAUGAAGGGAUGAGGCUGCAAGGUCCCGCAGGAGACUCUGCUCAAACUCCUGCAGGGACUGGAGCCCGACCCUCGGCCGGACGAGGACGGAACAGGGACAGGAGCCGGAGAUGAGACCUCAGAAUUCGGCCAGAUAGCUCCCGCCCCCCGUCUGGGCAUUGGGAUGGAUUCCUGUGUUAUUCCUUUGCGGCAUGGCGGUUUGUCACUCAUCCAGACUACAGAUUUCUUCUAUCCUUUGGUUGAAGAUCCAUACAUGAUGGGGCGUAUUGCGUGUGCAAAUGUGCUGAGUGAUCUGUAUGCCAUGGGCAUCACUGAGUGUGACAACAUGCUGAUGCUACUGAGUGUCAGUCAGAAGAUGAAUGAGAAGGAAAGAGAGCAGGUGAUGCCCUUAAUGAUGAAGGGUUUCCGUGACGCAGCUGAAGAGGGUGGCACUUCAGUCACAGGCGGACAGACUGUCGUCAACCCGUGGAUCAUCAUAGGGGGCGUGGCCACCAUAGUGUGCCAGCCCAGUGACUACAUCAUGCCAGAUGGUGCUGUACCAGGUGAUGUGCUUGUCCUCACCAAACCUCUUGGAACCCAAGUAGCUGUCAACUCCCAUCAGUGGAUGGAUAUACCAGAGAAAUGGAACAAGAUCAAGAUGGUUGUGACAAAGGAAGAAGUUGAAAAUGCUUAUCAGGAGGCCAUGCUGAACAUGGCAACCCUCAACCGCACAGCUGCUACUCUGAUGCACAAGUUUAAUGCCCACGCCGCCACUGACGUCACCGGCUUUGGGAUCAUCGGCCACGCAAAGAACCUGGCCAGUCAACAGCGCAACGAGGUGGCCUUCGUUAUUCACAACCUGCCCAUCCUCGCCAAGAUGGCAGCUGUCAGCAAGGCCGGCGGCAACCUGUUUGGUCUUCUGCAGGGCACUUCCUCUGAGACUUCAGGCGGGUUGUUGAUCUGCUUGCCACGUGAGCAGGCGGCACGGUUCUGUGCUGAGAUGAAGGCGAGCCGUGGGGGUCUGCUGGGCGAUGGGCAGCAGGCCUGGAUCAUUGGCAUCGUGGAGAAGGGAAGCCGCUGCGCACGCAUCAUCGACAAGCCCCGCAUUAUUGAAGUGCAUUACCGUGGCUUAGCAGCGAAUAACACACAGGAGACUACCAACACCACCGGUACCAACACGACUACCAGCCCAGCUGAGGCUCAGGCCGGCCUCGCAUAGUGCCACGGCUUCUGAAAUGUCAUAGGAAUGUCUGUUCAUCUCGGUGUCUUUUGUGUUUCCCCUCUUUCUAGGUGUGACCUUUUUUGACAGUGUGAGUGUGCACCAGUGUGUGAGAGAAUGUGUUUGAUGUGAAUGAGUAAGAGUGUGUGUGUGUGUGUCAGUCAAAAAGGAAUGUGAGGGAGGGAUUGUGUGUUCACUCUGCUCUUCAUUUCUUCUCCCUGUUCAGCCGAUGGGUUGAGAGCAACAGACCAAAAAGUUAUUUUUACCUGGUGGGAGAUGGAAUGGACUGCUUUCUUUUCUGCUUUUUUCCUGUUUCGUCCAUGAUUGGUCAAUUGGUGAGAACGUACAUGGCAGUUUUUAUUUUCUCAUUCUGUCUUGACUUUUUCUCCUGGCCACCUGCCUCUCUGUAGUUUUAAUCUUGUGGUUACACACUAAAAAAGAACACUGGCCUUACAAUUAUUACAAUGACAAUUAUGUUGACCAAUUUAAUGUCAGUCUAACAAAAAAGAAAUAGAGAUAUACAAUUAUAAUAAAGAUAAACUGCUCCAUUUUUAAUAUAUUGUAUGUAGCAGGAAAAAACGAGUGAAGAACAUGCUUUAUCAGAAAAUCAUAAGACAAAAAAGUACUAUGUGAAUGUCUGGUGCCAUUCACUGGUAACGUAGUGAAAUUGCAAUGAAUGAAAUUACAGAUAAACAAAUGCUCUCAUUUGCUACAUUCUCUAUUUUUGGCAUGUUUUGGGCUUUGUAAAUUUUCAGUUCAACCUUCCUUGUUGUUUCUGAAAAGUCAAGCCCUUUCAGUCAAAGGCACCUCUUUGUGACAAUCAAAAAAGCUUCUAAUUAUAAGCAGUAUACUCUGAGACUUUUAAGAUCAAGCCAAACUACAUGCCCCAAAUAAUCAUUAAUGAUAUAUUUAAUUUAUUUAGUAUUUAUAUGUUCUUUUCAGCAACAUUCAAAUCAAGGAAAAUUAAUUUAUUAAUGGCUUUUUGUGUCUUUACUUUUUUCUUUUGCUGUUGCAUAACUGUCUGGGAGGUGUUUGCAUUUAUUCGGAUACCCAUAAUGUGUCAGAAAUGCGAAUAUGACAGUGCUGGCAUUUUGCAUUUCGACACGUGCUGUGUAUCUUCUGUCUUCUUAAUUUCAAACUAGCUCUGAUCUUCAUUUUUAUGUAAUUAGCCCGCUGUAGGUUUUGGGAGGUGAGUUUCUGGUUUUGUGUGAGGCUUUGAAUUAUGGCAAGCCUUGUAAUGCUGAUGUGAAUCAGUACACUGUGGAAGCAUUCUCAGUUUGAUCAGCACUCUGGUAGUCUGGCUUUUCCCUGUUUAUCAGAGAGAGGAUUGAGCAGCUCUCUUUGAUUCACUGUGAGACCAGAAUACUUAAGACAUGGGCUGAAUGACUCAGGUGGAUCAGUAGUACCCACCCCUCCUGAAAAUGAUGCGUUUCUCUUUAAACCCCUUGCUAAUGGGGAUGGGAAACGUUGAUGUAGCUGUGAAGGAUGGAUGGGCUCUGAGCUGCUUGGUUUAUUCAGCUGGCUCAGGCUUUGCUCAUGGUUUGUCAUCUCAUGAAAUAAAACAGUUCAAGUGCUUCUCUA